AUGGCCUCCUACAAUCUCAGAAGUGGUUUUCGAAAAUCCGUUUCCAUGAUGGAUUUGGAUAAAAAUCGAGAGCAUGGCGACACGGUUCAGGUUGAUCAACAAGUGAUUACCAGUGAUACUUUUGAAGAGCCUUCUACAUCUAAUAUGAACACCAUGUUUCAAUUAUUGAUGGAACAAAAUCGUUUAUUAAUGCAACAACUCGCUGUUUUUAAUACUACGAGUAACCAAGGUAAUCAAUUUUAUGUUAUGCCAGAUCUUAACAAAAGUAUAAAACCAUUUACGGGCCACGAGUCUAGAUCAGAAGCCAAAGAUUGGCUAAAUACAUUUAAUGGUAUAGCUGAUAUUAACAAGUGGUCUUUAAAGAUUGAGUCUGUUCGAGCAAAUUUGAAUGGACCAGCUCAACAGUGGUUUAAGAGUCGUACUUUUUCUUCAUGGAAAAUAUUUGAAAAACAAUUUACAAAGUCAUUUAUUGGUGAUCAAAAUACUACUGAAUUGUGGCAAAAUUUAGUCUCUAGAGUACAAUUAAAAGGCGAACCUACUGUUGAUUAUUUUUAUGAGAAGGUACGUUUAUGUAGUGAAUUAAAUUUAUCAUUUGAUCAAGUUAAAACACAAUUAUUAGAAGGUUUUUAUUCACGUGACAUGGUCACAUACUUGUUGUCAAAACAUCAUAAAGAUACUGAUGAAAUUUUUAAUGACAUACAAACUUAUGAAAAUCUUAAUAAAGUACGUACUAAGCGGAUAGUUUUAGGUAAUAGUUUAUUUAAGUAUUCACAAAGCAAUUCAACUGUAAUACAAAAAAAGAUUGAAGACAAGAAGAAAGAUCAAAUAACAAUUAAUGUGAAACGCUGUUUUAAUUGUUAUAGUACUUCUCACACUAUUCGAAACUGUAAUAAACCAAAAAGAGCACCAGGUUCCUGUUUUAAGUGUGGCUCAAUGGAGCAUCGACAAAAAGAUUGCAAUGACAGUCUGAAAACAAAAGAAGAGGAAACUGAUGAGCAAUCCACAAUGAUGAUAGAAAUCAGUGAGUUAUGUUAUCCACCAUAUACACUGAGUAUUAAUAUUGAGUGUCAAAUGCAACAUUGGACAUUGGAUGCAGUCAUCGACUCAGGUAGAAAUUUUAUUUGUGAUAAAUCUAUUAAGUUAUCAUUUGAAGAAAGUUUACUUAUAGAAAAAGUUAGUAAUGAUGAUUUUAUUUUUGAUGAUAUUAUGUUAAUUGAUAUUGAUAAGACUGAGACUAUUAAAUUAGAUAUUAAUGAAAAUUUAAGUGUUGAUGUUCAGGAUGAGGUGAACAUAAUUUUUAAAAAUUAUUAUUUAAAUGAUGUUGUUAACCCUAAAAAACUAGAGGCUCCUUUUGAACUUGAAGUUAAGUUAACUAAAGAUCAUGUACCUUUUUAUUUUAGACCUAGGCGUAUGUCAUUUAGUGAAAAAGAGAAACUUAAAACUAUUAUUAAUGAAUUAUUAGCUGAGAAAAUUAUUAGACCUAGUAAUUCACCUUAUUGCUCACCUAUUGUUUUAAUAAAAAAGAAAACAAAUGAUCUUAGACUUUGUGUAGACUUUAGAGAAUUAAAUAAAAUCACUAUUAAGGACAGAUUUCCCCUGCCAAUUAUUGAUGACACACUUGAUAUGCUUAAAGAUAAAGUGUAUUUUACCCGUUUAGAUUUAAAAAAUGCUUUCUAUCAUGUUAAAGUUAAAGAAGAGUCAAUUAAAUAUUUAUCUUUUAUAACACCUAUGGGUCAAUUUGAAUAUACUAGAAUGCCAUUUGGUUUUUGUAAUAGCCCUUCUAUUUUUAUGAGAUGA